AUGAAGCCACCGCACAUGUGCGCGCCGCCGUCCUGGGCUGCGCUGAGGCAGUCGAACCUUGUCCAGCGCGUGGUCUCGGCCCUCGUCCUCGGGUCACUCGUCGUGUCGUACCUCUUGUACGGUCCGCACGGCGCGCCUUUCUACCUCUGCGCCUUUGUUGUCGCGAUCUGCAACUACGAGUUUGCGUGGCUCGCCGAGCGCAUCGUGCACCGCUACAUGCACAGCUUGCUGGCGACCUCGGGGGCCGAGCCGCCGCCCUUUGACGCCACAAAUUGCGCCCGCUGCAUCGAGUGGUACCACCUCCCGCCCAACGCGAUCCACGAGUUUACCAUCUUUCUCGGCAUGUCGUCGUGGCUCACCGUCUACUGCGCACUGCUGACGCCCACGUGGACAUCGGCAGUCGUGCUACUGACGCAGCAGAUCUUUUACUCGUUUUCGGUCCUCGCCAAGAUCCUCUGCGAUACAGGGCAGCACCACUGCUUCGUGCCGCUCAGCAAUGCACACGUGCGCAUCGAGGUGAUCCUCGCGCUUGUCCUCAUCCAUCUCCCGCUGGCCUUCUCGUCCACCUUGGCGCCCGAGUGCAUGCUAAAAGGCGUCUUGCACACGCUUCUCGCCGUCGUCGGCUACGGCUACAUUGUGCAGCUCAUGUAUCCGAUGGCCGACUUGCUCCUUCAAGUCCACGACGGACCACGCAUUGCGCUCGGCUUCCUCGCGGUCGUCUGGGGCGCCGACACGGGCGCGUACUGCACCGGCCACCUCCUGCACUGGCUGCGGUACCGCCGCCCGCACCCGCUCGCCGCGCACAUUUCUGCCAACAAGGACAUUGAAGGCUCUCUGGGUGGCAUCUUGCUUGGUGUCACCGGCGUCCUCCUCGUGGACCUUCUCCUUAUGAACGACAAGGACACGGCCGACGAGGCCCAGUACCGCAUGCGCUUCCGGUGGCGGCUUGGCUUUGCCGUCGUCGGCGCCGCGAUUUCGCGCUACGGCGACCUCUUUGCGUCGCUUCUCAAGCGGCUCGCGGGCGUCAAGGACACGGGGACGCUGAUUCCGGGUCACGGCGGCCUACUGGAUCGCGUCGACGCGCUUUUGUUUGUGAGUGCGAUGUUUGCGCUCUACCAUAGAAUAGCCUACCCCGGUGGAUAUGUCCUCGACAUGGUCGGGCUCCUCGCGCAGCAGCAGCAAGUGCUCGAUGGACCGCCGCCGCCUAUCGAACCCUCCCAGUAA